AUGGGUUCAAUAAAAAGUUCUUCACAUCAAGUUUCUAUAAAUGGUUCUUCUUCAAGUUAUCAUCGAUCAAAAGAUAUUAAUCUAAGUAAUCCGAACAGAUCACCUUCAAAUCAUUCUUCACAUCAAAAACAAUAUACAUCUUCUACACCUACUACGGUUCGAUCGAGUCACAGUUUACCUGCUUCACCACAUUCUUCUAGAUCACUUUCAUCACCACAUCAUUCUCCUUUACUCUUAUCACCAUCAAAACCAUUACAAAGUUUAAUAAUUGAUGAAAAUCAAGACGAUUAUAAGUCUGUGAAUGAUGGAGCUUCUAGAAGAACGAUUCAUUCAUCUGGGAUAGGAUCCGAUCAUCGGUCUAAUAGAUCUGAUUAUAAAGAAAACCCAUCAAGAAGAGAAAUCAAAUCGUUAAUGACAACAACACCUACGACCUUUAAUAUAGCUUAUAGUCCAAGUAUAGAUACGAGCAUUCGAACGUCACAAAAAGGUUCGAUUAGAGAAAGUCAUUGUACAGCUAGUCAAAUUGGAUCUAAUAAAACUCAUCAACUUAAUCCGAAUAUGAUUGAAAAGAUUGAAGAAGAAACAAGAUUAGAAUCUAAUAUGAUUAGAGGAAUCGGAUGUGAAAGAAAUUCAAAUGAUUUAGCUGAAAUUAUUUUAGGAUUAAUUAAUUGUUUAAAAUUAAUGAAAAAACAAGUAGUAGUUUUGAAAGAAUGGAAUUUAAAAAGAAAAGAAAACAAAAAAAUUAAAAAAAUCGAGAAAGAAAAAGAAAAGAAUGGAAAGAAAGGAGAAGGUAAAGGAAAGAAUCAGGAUUUAGAAGUAGGUGGUAUAGAUGAAGAAGAAGAGUUAAAAUCAUUGAAAUCAGAUAAAGAAAAACUUUUACAUGAAUUAAAUCAACUUGUGAAUCCUAAUGGUUCGAAGAGUGAGAUGGGAAACCAAGUCGAAAUUAACUUGUGUCGAAUCAAUUCUUAUAAAUCUAAUUUUUCUUCUAUUCAACCUAAACUUCCGGAAGAAGUUUGUGUUUGGCAAAAAGAAGGUAGUGCUGGUUGGAGAGUUAGAAAACUCACUCUUAAACAUGAUGAUGAAAUUGGUUUGAAAGGUUUAGAUAAUGACUUGGAUCCAAAGGAACAUUUGAAAGCAAGAUCACAGGGAAGUCAUCAAGCAAUUAUCCAUCAUGAUGACUCUUUAACUUAUCCUUCUAGAUCUACAAUUUCUUGA